AGUUUCGCUCUCAAAAGUAGAGAGAGAAAGAGAUAGCAAUUCAAAAAUUUCGAACUCAAAUAGCGUUUUCUAGAGAGACAAAAUGUCGACGAAGAUGAGGAAAAGAGGUUCUUCAGUAGUGAAAUCAAAGACAAACUUGAACCUAAAGGUAUCACCAAUUUUACUUAGAACUCCAAAUCUUUCUCCUAAGAAAUUCGAUUUCAGUCCCAAUGGAGGAGGAUUUAACGACAACUCUUCUCCUGUAACCAAGAAGAAGAAAACAACAGUAUUAUUAACUUCAACAUCGAAGAAAUUCACCUCAACAGUAGUAACUAGAUCUACUCCUCCUCCUUCGAAUCAGAUUACUUCAUCAACAAUUUUAGAUCUGAAAAAUCAAGUUACUUCUUCUACUGAUUCUAUUAAGAGAAAUCUAGAUCUAUCUCAUUCUGAAAUUCUUAAGGAAUUUGAAGCUUAUCAAUCUAGACUUUCCAAACGAUUCAAGAUUCACACACAAACAUGCCAGCAAGUGGUAAAUGAAGUAGAGAAGGAACAUAAGAAGAUGUCUGAUCGAAUUACUGAAAGCAUGGAUGUAAUGAAGGCUUCAUACUCAGAAUUCAUCAAAGAAUCACAAGCGUCAGCAGCUCGCAUUAUACAUCUUACUCUUAUCUAACAUAAGAUGACAGUAUUUAUCGUGCCAUAGGAAUUGUUUAAUUUGACGAUCUUUUCCUUUUGUUUGAAUCACUAGUUUGCAAAACUUCAAUUCCUGAGCUUACCCAGUCACUAGAGAACUCCAUCGAAUCACUACGAAAUCGUUAUGGUGUCACCUCAGCUUCAAAAUAGAGAAUCUACUUGGUCUCCCCCUUCACAGACAGCAGUAGUCAGUUAAACAAUCUGGGUAGAAAGUAACAAGUCCUGUAGAAAAGUUCUACUAUGUUGCAGCAGUUGAUCGUAAGUUUCUCACUGCCUAUCAGGUGAUACAGACAACAUAAACCUCAAAAAAGAAUUACUCGUACAAGCUCUUAUUAUUCCUUAAAUUCAGUUGCAGAAAACAACUAUAUAACUGUAAUUGAUAUGAACAUGUAAACAAUAGGAAAAAGGUUCUGUGCUCCUUUGUUUUGACAUUUAUUGAAAGGAAAAAACUACCAGGCCAUCUGCGAAGGUAGUUGCUAUUCAGGCUGGAGCAAAAACAAGGACCACACACACACACACCUAUACAUGUUAGACCCAACUAUACAGUCUAUACCCCUCUCAAUUAUAGAACGAGCA